CCGCCAAUGACGGUGGUGUUUGUUUUGAAGCCAAGAAGAGGAGGACUUUAAAAAAAAUCUACCAUGCCAAUGUGGGCUAAUAUGGCAUUCACGGUUAAGAACUACUUAGUUAGCUAACUAUAGCUCGAUAGAGACGGAUUUCACUUAUUUAAUAAAAACUAUUGUAGCCUUCUGGAAUUGGCAGGCAGGCUAAGCAAUAUAAUCCCUCACUCCACGUCGGACCCAAAAUCAAGAUUCUGUUCCAGUGAGGGAAGCCUCCAGUUGGUCUCUCACAGAUGAUCUCCCUACUAUCUUGACGCUGUGUUGGCAUGGAAAACUGGUGGACUUCAGCAACUAUAGAGCCAUCAAUAGAAACCCAUGAGCUCUCCGGCAUAGCAAGAAUGACGAUGUUCCCCUCGUAGCAUCAUAACAACCUUCCUACAAUGCACUCCUCCACCAUGCCACUGUCCAAGAGUUCCUACAAUGUGUUAAGUGCCUUCUGCACUGAGGACAAUGUUCCCCGGUGUAUCUCUUACAUUAAUCAGGAGAUGGACUCUCUGGGGUUCUCCUCUGCAUGUAUUGAGGCCAGCUCACCAGAGGUAAGCGGGGGGCUGAACACUGUGCCAGCCCUGAACAGCAUGUAUGAGCUGCUCCAGAUGCAGCGCCGCAGCCAACACAGCCUGCAGGAGCAGGAGGCGGAGAGUCUGAAGAGCUCCAGCGCCCUGGAAUACCUGCAGAUCACCAACUCCAGACUCAAGGAUCAGCUGGAGCUCUCUAAAAGAGAGACGUCAGGACUGCACGAGGCAGAGAGGCAGCUGCAACUCAAAAUCAAGACUCUGCAGAACUGCCUUAAAACAGAAAAAGAUGAGGUGCAGAAGCUCCAGAGCAUCAUCGCCAGCAGAUCCUCUCAGUACAGCCAUGAUGCCAAGAGGAAGGAGAGGGAGAGCACCAAACUCAAAGAACGCCUCAACCAGCUACUGGUGGAAAAGAGGGAUAAGAAACUUGCGAUUGACGUAUUGAACUACUUGGGACGGGCUGAUGGGAAGAGAAGCCAAUGGAAGACUGGAAAGGUCGAGGCCAGACAUGAGGGGGAGAUGUACAGGUCCCUGCUGAGUGACUAUGAGGUUCGUCAUAGAGCCCUGAUGCUGGAGAACGUUGAGCUGAAGAAGGUGCUGCAGCAGAUGAAGUGGGAGAUGGUGUCUAUACUGAGUCCUAGUCCUAGGAAACCAUGCUCCAGCUUCAGAGACCAUGUGGAAGACAGCCUAGAACUGAGUACCAGAAGUCCCCUACGUGACAGUACAGCCGGCUCAGACAGGGAUAAGGAGGUUGGCGACUGCAGUAGAGAGACCCUGGACCAGUCAUGUGAACACGCCCGGGAGCAGCUGACCAAUAGCAUCCGGCAGCAAUGGAGGAGACUGAAGAGCCACAUGGAGAAACUGGACAGCCAGGCCUCCCUGGUGCAGCAGAGCCAGCAGCGUGCUGGUAAAGAGCUGGUCCCCAGACAGAUCCAUGAGGAGGAGAUGGAGAGGAUGAGACUGGAGGUCCAGCAGUGUAAAGAUUUCAUCCAGACACAGCAGCAGCUCCUACAGCAGCAGUUAAACUCUCCCUGCUAUGAUGAUGAGACUGCUGCUCUUCUGAAUGACUGCUACACUCUGGAGGAGAAGGAGCGUCUCAAAGAGGAGUGGAGGCUCUUUGAUGAGCAAAGGAGGAACUUUGAGAGGGAGAGGGAGAACUUCACUGAAGCUGCCAUUCGCCUCGGAUAUGAGAAAAAAGCUUUCGAGGAAGACCGUGCCUCGUGGCUCAAGAAUCAGUUCUUGAACAUGACUCCAUUUGUGGACCGAAAAAGACAUUCUGCAUCAGAAACUCAACAUGCCUUAUCAACUAGUAGUGAGCCCGAUAUGAGGAUCCCCUCCACUCCAGCCAGGCUGACCAAAUCACGGACGUACGCUACGUUCUCCACUCCUAAAGCUAUCGCUGGCAUGCCCUCCACAGCUGAUCUCUACCACACACUACGCCUCAUACCAGACAGCAGCAGCUCUUCCAGAGGCAGUUCAAAACGAGGGAGCUGGCAGGAGUCCAACACCAUCCAUAGUAGAGAAGAUUCUCGGGUCAGGUCCAGGGACAGAUACGGAGGUGGAGACUGCUGCAGUAUCUUCUCGCUAGGGUUAGAGGAAAACAGCCUCACCUGAAGACACUCCAGUGACAUUUAUAUUACUGUGGACUCAACAGACCCCUCAGAUGGCAGUCCAAGGCCGUGUUCAUUAGGCACCAAACAGAAGAAAAUGUAAUUUAACGGAAGGGCUUCCUGGAUUUGUCCAAUAUGUCCCACUCAUUUUUGUUUUCUGUUGUGGGCCCUAAUGAACAUGACCCAUGUUUCAACACCACCACUGUCUCAGGACGAACAGUGGUACAUCGUUGUUCACCAAAACUCGAUUGAAUCAGAACUUUAAUGAACAUGUAGAUUUGUUUUUUUCUUUAUUUUAGAUUUUUACUGAGUAAAGCAUCUCCAAGUCUGAGUGUGAAGUGGCAGCCAAACCUUGAUUGGGGUAAAUCAGGGUUCUGCUAAUACCAAUUCGGUGCCUUUUUUAGAUAAGUUACUUGGUCAACAAAUUUGUCACAAUUUUAACAUUCUAUCAUAAAUGGCACAUGUUCAACUUUUUUUUAACACGUUUUCCCAUCAAGAGGUGUUGAAUCUACAAAUGAUUAUAGUAAGUGCUUAUUAAGUUCCCAAUAUAGUAACAAGGUUGACGAUGUCAUCCUAAAUCAGCCAUUAAUGUCCUUGUGACAGGGGGAAUGGAAGUUCGUGGUGUGCAACAGGGAGUGGCAAUUGAAUGCAAGCUUCACCAUUUUUUUAUUAAAACAUUUUCUAGCCUGUAUCUAUGGGUAGCAGGGUUGACUUAUGCUCGACCUGCUCAGUUUCACUACAAAACACCAGAAAAUGGCCAAAAAGAAUAGAACCAGCUCACCUGCUUUUACAGUAUGAUUUGACUAUUAGAUGUUCAAUGUUUCCUUAGAAUAAAAAAGGAUUAGUUUCAUUAAAACGAGCUCAGUUCAUGUAACAGGGUUGACCUUAAAAUGGGGAUAGAUAAAUGAAUCACUAAUCAGUGAAAUAAAUAAUCUUCAGAAAUGGCUGUCAAAGCAACAAAACUAGGGCUUUACAAUGAUGGUGAAAUGUUGGUUAAAAUCUUCCUAGAAGUCACUGAGGGUGCAUGGAGGGACAUAUCAAAAUGCUGAAUUUUGGCACUUUAGCAGGUCUUUACUCAUUAAAAAUAUUCUCCAUGAAAGAGAACUUCAUUUAAUAUAACAAACUUCUAAAAUACAAUAUUGGUGCACAAUUUCUAUUUAAACAGAAAAUCCACUCAAACGAUAUUUCUGUAUUUUUUUUUUGUCAUUAGUCGCAUGUUUUAUAUGGGCCCCAAAAUGUUUUGCAUGUCAGCAGUCAAGUUUUCAAGAUAUUGGACUUUCAAGAGAUGCAAAAGGCACUUUUUUGUGGAACGAACCAGAUAUUUUCCGAAAAUGUGCGAAAAGCUAUCAAUAGGCCUAGUCCUGAAUGUUUACACAUAGUUUUCACUCCAGAUCAUUAAUAUUAUUUUAAUUAACUUUAUAAUGUUUAAUGUUAAGUGAUAUGCUGCUCUGAAACUGCAAUAAAUGUAUUUAUUUUAAACUGA